ACCCGGGCGCCGGAGAACUUGGACAAGCACCGGCGGCUCGGAGGAGGGCAGACGGCGACGUUCAUCCCGCGGAGUGUUCAAGAUGGAAAAUCAUAAAGAAAGUGCUGUCAAAGAAGAUUUAAUAGUUAAUAUCAUAUCCAGAAAAGUUAAACAACUUCCUGAGUCAGACAGGAAUCUGCUUGAACAUGGGUCAGCAUAUGUUGGACUUAAUGCUGGUUUCAGUGGCCUGAUAGCAAACAAUCUUUUUCGGCGCAUCUUGCAUGUGACACAAGCUCGACUAGCUUCCAGCUUACCAAUGGCUGUGAUGCCUUUUGUGACAGCAAGCCUGGCUUAUGUAAAUUUUGUAAGUUAUCCUUUGAGUACAGGUGAUCUGAACUGUGAGACCUGUGCCAUGACCCGGGGUGCACUAGUUGCUUUUGGUCUGGGUGGUAUAUACCCUAUCCUUUUGGCUAUACCUGUGAAUGGGGGCCUUGCUGACAGGUAUGAAACCAGCCCUCUACCACGGAGAGGAAACAUCUUAAAUUACUGGAUUACAGUUUCUAAGCCUGUCUGUAGAAAGAUGGUGUUUCCCAUUCUACUUCAGACUGUGUUUGCAGCAUACCUUGGGUCUAGACAGUAUAGACUCCUCAUAAAGGCUCUUCAGUUACCUGAACCUGGCUUAGAAAAUUCAUUGAUUUGAAGCAAAUAUGUACAACAAAAAUAAAAUGGUGAAAAUAA